AUGCUGAAACAACGGAACGACUCCAGGGAAGGUUGGUAUCCGAGGACGAUUGAUUGGGUCGAGCGAGCGAGGUACGUUGACCCAGGGAGUCUGUACCUGCACUCCGCGCAGGAUAUUUCAUGUUACUCGCCGCUCGAGUCGGACGAGAUUCGGACACUCGUCAUCGAGGCUGGCCAAGGCGAUGAGCAGCUGCGAGGCUCCUUGGAGCGGCACAAACUCGGUGAUCUGGACAGGCCAUAUACAGCCCUAUCGUAUGUCUGGGGCAGCCCGAAGCGGAAUGCGGUCCUUCAUCUGGGCGAUGACGGGAAGCGAGUCAAGAUCACUGAGAAUGCCGAAGCGCUCUUGCGGAAUCUGCGUAGGCCAGACGAGUCCCGCAGAGUAUGGAUAGACGGUGUGUGUAUCAAUCAGGAUGAUCUGACCGAGAGGAGUCACCAGGUAUCCUUGAUGCACGCGAUUUACUCGGGUGCAUCUAAUGUGCUUGUCUGGCUGGGCGAGUCGGAUAAGCACACUCGCAGUGUAUUUGAGUUUUUCAAAAUCAUGCACGAGCGUUAUGACUCUGGGAAGGCAUGUGAAAAACAGGCGGAGGAUUUGAGCUCUUGUCCGGAGGGGGACAGCGCUGAAUCUACCAAGGCGAGUGGCGAGGCGCCACAGUCCCCUGACCUCGAUGAGCACAAACAGGACGACUUUGCCAGAAUUCAAGCCUUUACAGGGCGACCGUGGUUCUCUCGUGCCUGGACGUUCCAGGAGGCAUGUCUGUCGCCUGACACAAUUAUCCGAUGCGGGACACAUGAGUUGGCUUGGCAGGUGUUCGUCUCUGCCACACUUUAUCUUGUUUCUCGCGGCAUGGCCCGUGUUCUCGGCUCAACGAGUGACACUAUCGUUGCUCUCGCCCAUUUCGCGGCUGCGAGCUCCUCCCGCCAGGUGCCUUACCUCUCGGUGAUUCUCCCCUUGACGCGCAAUCUUCAAUCCACCGAUGGCCGGGACAAGGAAGGAGGCUUCUCGGUGCUGUCGAGUGUUGACGGUCCUGCUCGGGACACGAGUCUGCCGUCCUGGGCACCGGAUUGGCGGAUUCCGAGACGCACCGCCUUGUUGCACGGCUACGACUGGCCUUCUCCAACCCAUCGAUACGAGAUCAACAAGGGUGCGCCGUUUGAAAAUAAGAUACCAGACGACGUGGGCUCUGAUCCAUUGAUUCUGGUUGUCAAAGCAGCGCGCAUAGAUAAGGUUGUCAGGGUCUGCAAUCCGAAGCCAUUGCUCGAUUACAUCGCAAAGGCACCAGUUCCGACAUCUACGGCUGCGGUCGACCCAGGCCAACUCGGCCUCGCAACGUACUAUGGCCAGACAAGAAGUGAUGACUAUGUUGGCAACAUCGCCCAGGCCCUGCUUAAAACACUUACAGCUGACCGUGGUGGAGUCGGAGAGGAGGGAAUGGGAACAUGGGUGGACGAAGAACACCUGGUCGGUAUGAGCAUGUUCGUGCCAAAUUACCGGUGGUGGAGCAGUGGCCUUGACGGCGGCUCCUCUGCUACUCCAACGGAACCUGAAAUAGCCAUUAAGCGUCUCAUCACAGCUAUGUACACGUUUCUUAACGGCAGAGUCAUCUUCAAGACUGAAAACAGGCUUAUCGGAAUCGUCAGCAGUGGGGCCCAAGUAGGGGAUGAGGUUUGGAAUCUUGUUGGAGGCUAUACUCCCUUUGUGCUAAGGCAGAAGGAUACAUCGAAGAAAAGAUGGGCCCUAGUGGGCGAGACUUAUGUGCAUGGUAUCAUGCGAGGGGGUCUCUGGAAGCCUGAGAUAGAGGUCAAGGAAGAGUUGGCGUGGCUGCCGCCAGAACUCUCAUAUAUCCGGCUCGACGAUCUCGCGGCUGUCCCAUACACCUUCCCUCCUGUUCAGCGAACGGAGGAGAUUGAGAGCACGGGACCGAAUUUGAGCAUUGGUCGCAAGGGUCGUGAUCAAAGACAGGCCCGAGACGAGAUCACCCUCAACAGCAUACGUGGGACAUCCCAUGGCUAUGAAGGGCUUGGCCAAAUUUUCCGCCUCGUCAAGGAAUGCUGA